AUAAGCUUUUCAACAUUCCAAAUUGUUUUACAUAGUUUGCUUAUCAACAAGCAAAUCAAGUUGUCUAUCAUUUAAGAAGAAUAUCUAGAUUUUAUGUUAGUUGCUUAUCUAGGUUUUUGAUUUUAUGUUAGUCAGUGUACAUUAUAAGUAAUAAGUAAGAAUAAUGUUGGAAUUAUAAAAAAUAUGUUGGAUGUAAGAAAAAAAGAAUAGCUGAUGCCAGGAGAAAGCCUCCAACGAGAUUGACCCUUUUUCUGAUUUAGUGCCCAAGGCUAAGUUAUCUGUGUUUAUGUGUUCUAAAUAUUGAUAUCUUUGAUUCUCCUUUAUAAUUCUGCUUGAAUUUUUUGCAUAGCUGUGUUAUUUUUUUGGUGAAGUUUAAUUUGAAUUCAAGGGCUCUUCAUUGUUCCACUUCAGUUUCAUGUUGGAAAAGGGUUGGUUCUGGAGCAUUGAGCACCCACUGAGCCAUUUGGUUCCAAAACCUCUUCUAAGUUCUAACGUGGUUUUGUUUGAAGCAACCACCUCUGAGUUACUAGAGCUCCAACACAUUUCAGGAACCUAGCUAGUGCUGUCAGAGAAGAUGGAUGAGCAUGAUGACAUGUUGGUUUUUCAACUGCAACUGUGCUUGGCAUGCCAGGGCCAUGGGCUGAAGAUUAUUGCGAGCCAUCUGAUCCCUAUACAACUAAAAUUGGAGGACUCCCUCUACACUACUAACUCUUCUCUUUUCGUGAAAUUGGCUUUAAGAUUAGUCUACAUUUGAUUAGAGGACUGGCCCCUUCCCAUAAACGCCAAUUUGCUACGCUGCGCCGCAUGUGCCGGCCACCUCUGCCUUGUGGCGCAGGUUUACACCCCCCCUUUCUCACCACUGCACUCUCUUCGUUCUCGGUUGCAUCUCACCCAAUUGUGGAACUGCUUGGCGCGUUCUCUGACUUCAGAACAUUGCUGACAUGGACACCUCUCGGCAAAAACAACCCGCAUCGGUUGGUGAACUUCCAAUUGCCACCGUGUCGGACGAUGACGACGACGGAAGCGACAUGGAUCUCGAACAACUCGGUAAGGCACUCUUUGAAGCUGGGACCCUGGCUUCCAACACUAAGUGCAAGAAACCGCGAAAAAAAUGCCAGAACAAGCUCCCUUCGUCUUCUCCAAAUCCAAAAACAACAACCAUGGUUCAAAAUGAUGUGCCUGUGGUGCCAUGCUUUUAUAUAUAUGCACAGGAAGAGCAGUCUUCGGGGGAUCUUAGUUCUGUAUGUUCUAGCUACUCCUCCCUUUCUAUUAAGGGGAAUGGAAGUGACGUUGACAAUGCUGAUCCUUCACAAGCUGAAGAAACCUUGGAAAAGGAACAAUAUGAAUACGAUAAAGCUUUGAAUGCUGAUAGAACGUACCUCAAGUUCAAGAAACGAUUGGAUGCGUAUCCCGAGCAAUGUUAUAGAUAUUCAUAUGGUGGGAGGCCAAUUUUAGCUGCAGCUGACAAAAUGAACCCCGGCAGCUGCGAUCUCUGUGGCAGACCGAGGCAAUUUGAGAUGCAACUGAUGCUUCCAUUACUAUACUUUCUUCAGGAAGCACUUGGUGACCAAAGAAAGAUUGUGGGAAAGUGGGAUUGGAUGACCCUUAUUAUAUAUACUUGUUCAGAGAGUUGCUGUGAAGGGAUUGAACAAGCAAAGUCCAAUAAUAAGGCUCCAUUUGUUGAGAAUUUCCACAACAUUUUGUCUUCAUCAAUAGGAUUAAGAAGUGGAAUUGAAAAAAUUGCAGCAGAAUCAACAUUAUUAAAGAGGGAGGUUAUUUGAUCUACCUUCCAAUUGUGAGAGUGCUGGUCAAUGAGAUCACCCACUAAUAGAUGUUCGUGAUGAUGCAUGGUGUGGGUGGAAACAAAAGGAAUUUCCUUUGACUUGAGCAUGUUUGGGACCAAACAUAGAUAGAAUAUCUGUUGCCAAUUUUUCAACUCAUCCCUUCACUUAUUAUUACUCGUGAUGCAUAGAUAUUACGUCAGAUAAAACUAAGAUUGUUGCCAAGCUUGCCUCUAGAAAAUUCCCUCCUGAAUAAUAUUUUACUUUGAAAACUUUUGAAACUAUAAUAUCUUAGUUAGUCAUUAAUCUACAAUCUUGCUUCUCUAACAUAGCAAGAUUAAAAGCGUGA